UCCUCCAGGCCCCCGCGGCCCCCCGUUAUUUUCAGGGAGGGAGGUGCGGGCGGCGGUGCGGAGCGGGGAGCGCUGCGGUGGGCGGGGCCUCUUCUCCCCGCCUGCGCGGCGGGCCGGCCCCCCUCCUCUCCGGGGCGCGCGCCACCGCCUGGGGGUCUCCGGGAAACGCUCGGCUCGCCCGCGCCCCCAGUCCCCUCGGACCCCGGGCCCCCGCGGGGAAGCCCGGCUCAGGUCCCGGCUCCGCGAAGCCCGAUCGCCUCGGCCGCGGCCCCAGCCGCUCCGGAUCGUCUGUUGGGCUCGGCCGUCCCCCCCGAUUGCCGCUGCUGCUCCCCCUGGGGCCGCCGCCUCCCCGGAUCCGCGCGCCCUAAGCCCGGGCGGCAGCCCUCCGGCCGGGUCCCUGUGGUCAACUUUGUUCCAGGUGCCCGGUGACCCGGGGAUUCGUCUCAGGACUCCAGGGAUGGACGAAGGGAAGAGGCCGUUCCUAGAAUCCCAGGCUGUGGGAAGGUGGAGCACUGUGGAGGACUCUGAUGACAGACAAGAGGAUAUGAACUUUGAGGACGUGGCCAUUGCCUUCUCUCAGGAGGAGUUGGGGCUCCUUGAUGAGGAUCAGAGACAUCUAUACUGCGAUGUGAUGCUGGAAGUGUUCGCACUGGUAUCAUCUGUAGGUUGUUGGCAUAAAACAGAAGAGGAGGAGGAAUGUUCUGAGGAGAGUGCAUCUGUACAAGUGGAGUCGACAUUCAUGGCUUCUACGACAGCUCCACCCACCCAGAGGACCCAUCUCUGUAAGCGGUGUUUCUCGGUGUUAAAAGAUAUUCUGCACCUGACUGAGUCACAGGCAGCACGCAUUGAGCAGAAAGCCGCCUUCAGUGACACAGGUGUGAGAGACUUCUGUUCCAAUGCAAACCAUUACCAGCAACAGAGGGAUACCCGUGGAGAGAAGUCCUGGAAAGAAGCUGUGGACAUGGACUUGUUUGUGACCAGUUUGUUGGUUCUAUUCAAUGCCUGGGAUUAUUUGAAAGGAAAGUUGUGAUCUGUCAUCAUGGAAAGGCUGUAAAAGAAAGUGUACAAGUGGAAUCAAACCCGAGACCUUUCAGUGAAUGGGAUGGCACCCAACCAACUGAGGACACUGGCUGACGAAAAGUUCAUUCUUGUAUUAUCACUUAUUAAUUAUUGUAUUAUUUGAAGUUAGGUGCCUCUUUUAUUGGUGAGGACACUGGUCACCCUGAAGAGGAGGCCUUUGUUGUACUGUACAAACAAUAUGAAUUAUGAUCUCUGUUCACAGUUUGUAUUACAUAAGUUUCAGCAAUGUUUGGAGAACUACUCUAUACGUGCUCCAAAGAGGCCCAUGUGCCAUUAUAUAUGAAAUUUCAUAGGCUGUUUUCAUUUGUUGUGAAUCUCUGAGGUGUAACUAAUAGGGACGGAAACACUGUUUUCAUAAUCACGGAAGAGACUGCAGUUGAACGAGAUUGUGCCAUGCCAGCACAGCCAAGGGUUCGGCGAGCCUGAGGGAGGGCCGUCGAAGGAUGAAGAAAAGACAGACAAAGAGAAUAAGCUGGGUCUAGGUGGAUCUUCUGUGCCUGGCUGAGGCCACAGAACAGAUCCAGACUGCAAAGCUGAUGCUUUAUUUUAUAGUCAGAGGUAAACAAGGUAAUUUACAAUGUUGUUGUGAGUUUCACUUGUUUUGGCAGCACUUGCUGCACCGCCCACAGCCCACUAGCUACCCAGGAAAGAUCUAGGGAGCAGUCACAAGAUCAAGCUUAAUUAUGCUUAGAGGGCUGUGCCCUCCAAGCUGGGACUUGUUUGCGGCUUUGCCAGCAGGUCAGUCCGAGGCUUAACCUUUUGCACUCGGAUGUCGAGUGUGACUCGACACGGUUAGCAUCGGUAGCAGCUCAUAUGUCGAAUUGUAUUGAAUGUAUCAAUAAUUUGAAAUAUAAAA